AUGUCAACGUGGCGCAGGCUGCAGGUGAAGGUGCGCACGGCUCACGGAUUACUUACCUCCAGACGGGUGACAGAGAGGCACACAUGGCUGUACGGACGUUGUCAAAGCUUAAGUACAAGCACACCUCUCCGAAAUGACUUCUUCAAAGACCUGGAGGCGCAGCUGGCCGCCAUGAGGAGGAAGGCUGCGGACGCUCUGCCGGGGAGCUCCUGGAGUCCCUUCGAGGUGAACCCGAACCUGCCGCCGGAGAGGGCCGACAUUGUGAUCGUGGGGGGCGGCGUGAUGGGCUGGUCCAUCGCCUAUUGGCUGAAGCAGAAGGAGUUCAGCCGAGGAGCAGUGAGGAUAGUUGUGGUGGAGAAGGACCCAACGUACUCGAAGGCGUCCACCGUCUUGUCUGCUGGCGGGAUCCGACAGCAGUUCUCUCUACCCGAGAACAUCCACAUGUCCCUGGCCUCCGCAGACUUCAUGAGAAACAUCAACGAACACCUCGGCGUGUUGAAUGAAGACCCCGUCGACCUGCAGUUCAACCACUCAGGAUACCUCUUCCUGGCCAAUGAGGACGUGGCUCACAUCAUGGAGGAGAACUACAGCACCCAAAGGUCCGCAGGAGCCAAAGUGACUCUCCUCUCUCCGACACAACUAAAGGAGAAAUUCCCCUGGGUCAACACGGACGGUGUGGCGCUCGCUUCAUAUGGGCUGGAGAACGAGGGCUCGUUUGACCCGUGGACUCUGCUGAACGCCUUCAGAAGAAAAGCCAUCUCUAUGGGAGUCAUUCAGUGCUGUGGAGAAGUUACAGGUUUGAAAUAUAUGUCAUCCAUCGUGACGACCACCGAUAACGAACGUCUGGAGCUCCGGAGAAUCAAAUCUGUCAGAGUGCACAUGCCUAACAGCAUGGAGUACCAGCCCGUGGAGUGUGCCAUUGUGGUGAAUGCAGCGGGAGCCUUUUCUGGGAAACUGGCAGAGAUGGUGGGAAUGGGCUCCGGCCCUAAAGACAGCAUCGCUGAAAUCCCUCUGCCCGUCGAGCCUCGCAAAAGGUUUGUGUACGUGGUCCACUGUCCUGACGGUCCGGGUCUCGACACUCCUUUCCUGAUCGACUACUCUGGAGUUUACUUCAGGAGAGAGGGCUUAGGAGGGAACUACAUCGCCGGGGCUUCACCGGAGGAGGCGGACGAGCCCGACACCGGUGACCUGGAGGUGGAUCACCAGUUCUUUGAGGAAAAAGUCUGGCCCAGCUUGGCCCACCGUGUUCCUGCCUUUGAGAAACUGAAGGUGACCAGUGCAUGGGCCGGUUACUACGACUACAACACUUUGGAUCAGAACGGCAUCAUCGGCAUUCACCCGCUCAUCCCCAACAUGUACUUCGCCACAGGUUUCAGCGGACACGGCCUGCAGCACUCCCCCGCGGUGGGUCGGGCUGUGGCCGAGCUGAUCCUGGACGGGAACUUUCAAACGUUGGACCUGAGCCCGUUCGGGUUCAGACGCAUUCUGGACCAGGAGCCGAUGCUGGAGAGGAACAUCGUGUAGAGCGGCUCGGACCUUCAACACCUUCGAUGACACCUUUUAGUCUUAUUUUUUAAGUUCUGAUCUCCUCCAUGUUUAAUUUAUUUAACAGAUCAGUGAUCUCUGGGAAUGUAGUCUGAGACCGCUGUCGGCUUCUUGUUUCUCACCAACAGUCACUGGUGGGAAAAAAUCCUCAAGAACAUUUGUUUAAACCAACAAACUGAACAACUUAACCUCAAUACAACUUCAAAAAAUGUGUUGUUGCACCAUGUACCUUUGGUUUGAAAGGGUACGAGUCAGAGAGAAAAGAGUGUUUUUAUGAAAACGUCACCUGUUGGCAAAAGAUGAAGCCUAAUGACCUCCAGGGACAGGCUGACAUAUUGUGUAUUUGGAGUCUGUGCAGUAAGGAUCAGCUGGAAGAGCCGGGGUAUUGAUGUCUAGUCGCUCCACCAAUGGAAACACAUUUAUCUUACCCACUAAACAGAACGGUUUCCUCAGGUCAGUACGGUCCGCAGCAGAACACAUUGUUGUGCUGAUCUGAAAUUGAAGACGCCGGACUCUUAGCUCUGUCGGCUCUGUGAGGACGAUGCCUUCGAAGGAAAAUCAGAAAAUGAUUUACAAAUACUCAGAACAGGAGCUGCCUCUUCUCUGGAAACCUUCAUUGCUGAAGGGAGGAGAAGAAAACAUUUGGAUGAUACAGUAUAAACUGUAAUACAGCCAAACAAUCGCUUUCAGGUUUCAUUUUUAUUUUAUUUUCAUAAUGUGAACAUGAGUCAGCAUCGUUAGAUACAAAAGAAAAGAAACAGUGCAAGAGGACGCUGUUCUUCUCCAUACUCCUCCACUCCCACCCCUAUACAGAAAAUAAAACAACAACAACAAAUAUACAGAAAUAACAAUCAAAUAAAACUUAUUGAAUAAAACAAAAAACUAGAAAACUUACAUUUUCAAUUUGUGGAAAUAUUCUUGCACUUACACCAAACGUGCAUAUUUUAAAACUCAAGGCACCAGAAACAAAAACAGCGACAGAGUUAUGUGAGCAGUAACAUAUUAAGUGUGUAGUUUGGGCCUUCACUCUUCCAAGACUAUUUUUGAAAACCACUCUGGGGAAACUUUCAAAGUAGGAAGCUAAUGGCAGCCAAAGGUCUUGAAACGUGUGUCCUGUACUUACAACUGAACCUGUUGGUGCUAAUCAGCCGAAGUGGAAACAAUCAGUCAUAAUCAAACGUAGUUGUUGUUCACACUUUGUCUUUGCUUAUCAAGUUCUGUUCUUUUUAAAAGUCAUUCAUGUUUUAAUUAUUUUAUUUUGACACAGACUGAUGUUUCUCAGUUUAGUAUUAAUCUAUCAAAGUACUGAAUCUUUAUCAUGAAUAAAAAUCUUAAUUGUG